AUGUGCUUCAUUCUCUAUCCCGAAUGCGAUCGAUGCCGCUGGCCAGAGAUCGGCAACAUUCGAGGCGUAAAGUUGUGCGAGACAUUCGAGAAGGUCGUGCUAGACCGAGACAGGCGUGUAGCGUAUGCUGGUGAGAACCCUUCUCCACAAAAUCUGGCGGACUGGAGGUGUCUCGGACUGUACACCUUCAUCCGUGCAAAUGGCCCCCAAUACGACAUCUGGAUGAGUCGCGACUGUCUUCGAUUUGCUCCAGAACAAGUCCCCUAUCUGUGCCAACACUGCAAGGAUAGGGAUGCAGAGCUGACAGCUGCAUUUGGGCUCCUUGCGGACAAUCCGAUUGAUUGGGCAGACUGCGUCAACCUCGAUGCGCCAGUGUUCGGCUUCGUGAACCAGGCUGCAGCAGCGGCAGGUCCUGCUCAGCCUGCUACGACUUUCGACCCAGCAGACCUAGAGACGAUGUCCAACAUGAAUUGGGAGAACCUCUCGCAGCCUGGACCAUCGACGAGGACUUCUGCUGUCAUUGCUGAUGCUCAGAAGCCUGCGGUACAAGUGCCAACCCUUUUCCCAUAG